CCGCGAUCGGGCGUGCGCGGGGCGGCACCGACACCGACACCGACACCGGCACCGACACCGGCACCGGCACCGACAGCGGGGGCCGAGGCACUGGGUACGGGGGUCGGGCUGGGCCGGGCUGGGCCGGGGCACUGCGCCACGGAUUCCAGCGGGAAUCUCCUUUCCUCACCUAACCGCAAAAAAAGGCCUGCUUUGUGUCUCUGUGUGUGUGGGCGUGUGAGCACUGGUGCUGGCAGACAGCGGCUCGAAGGACCUGCGAUGAGUUUGGAGUCUGGACUGGCUUGGACUGUCUGAAGCGCUCCAUCUGUGAAUGUCUGCACGCUCUUGGGCUUCCAUCUCUCCCUGUGUGGCACCUUUCACCUCUGGAUGAAGCUGCUGUUCAGUUUUGCUUUGCCAAGAAAGUUCCUGCAGAAGAGGAAGAUGGGAUCUCAUUUCCCAAGAGGCUGCUGAGUCCCAUUGAGAGCCCCUGUUAGAUGUGCCCAUGUUCCUUGCCAGGACAUGCCAUCCCUCCUGGUGACUGCCACUGCCUGCAGAGUGGGACCUGACUGAUUCCUGCCCAGCCUGGACACCUUUGUGCCCCCAUUUGCCACUCAAAGUUGUCUCUUCGAGUGUACCAAGAAACAAAUGGGAGCUGGAGAUGCUCUGUCACAGAAGCAAAUGAUUCCUGCCAGCCAUGUCCCCAUCUGAGCGGGUCCCAGAGCCCUCUGUCCCCAGGGCCUGUGCCAGUAGCCACACUGGGAUUUGCUGAGCCGCAGGGUUCAUGUUGAGCGUGUUGUGUUUUAGGGUUUUGAGGAAAAUGCAGAGGCGGCACAGCAGCAACACUGACACCGUGCCUCCUGAAAGGAACCGGAGCCAGGCUGUCAGCUCGGAGGCCAGCGUGGAUGAAAGCGGAGUGUUCGAGAGCCUCAAGGCCGAGGCCUCCUCCCCUCAGCAGCUCUUCUCGGGGCUGGCCGGCAUCCCCUCGGCCUCCAUGGCCGCCGCGCCCUUCCCCUCAGGGCUGGUGCUGGGCUCGGCGGCCGGAGGAGGGGAGGUGUUUAUCCAGAUGCCAGCCCCGAGGGACGAGGGGCCCGGCCGGGCUGAGGGGGCCCCGUUCCACCAUCGCACCCCGGCCCAUCACUUCCACCACGGCCACCACCGCGGCUCCUCGCUGCUGCACAUGGCGGGGGGCGACCGGCACGGCCACGCCGAGGAGGGCACCGAGGAGCCGGCCGGGACCCCGGCCCCGGCCCUCUCUGAGCUGAAAGCUGUGGUCGGUUGGCUGCAGAAGGGACUUCCCUUCAUCUUGAUCCUCCUGGCUAAAGUUUGUUUCCAGCACAAGCUCGGAAUUGCUGUGUGCAUUGGCAUGGCCAGCACCUUUGCCUACGCCAACUCCACGCUCCGAGAGCAGGUGGCUCUGAAGGAGAAGAGAUCAGUGCUGGUUGUGUUGUGGAUCCUGGCCUUUCUCACUGGAAACACCCUGUACUUGCUUUACACAUUCAGCUCUCAGCAGCUUUACAACAGCCUUAUAUUCCUGAAACCCAACCUGGACAGGCUGGACUUCUUUGACCUCAUGUGGAUUGUGGGCAUUGCAGACUUUGUGCUGAAGUACCUCACCAUUGCCCUGAAAUGCCUCAUCGUGGCCCUGCCCAAGAUCAUCCUCGCUGUCAAGUCAAAGGGGAAGUUUUAUCUGAUUAUUGAGGAGCUGAGCCAGCUGUUCCGCUCCCUGGUCCCCAUCCAGCUGUGGUACAAAUACAUCAUGGGGGAUGAUCCCUCCAGCAGCUACUUCCUGGGUGGGAUCCUGAUCAUCAUGUACAGCCUCUGCAAGUCUUUUGACAUCUGUGGCCGUGUGGGAAGUGUCAGGAAGGCACUGAAGGUCCUUUGCACCCCCCAGACCUAUGGAGUCCGUGCCACGAGCCAGCAGUGCAGUGAGGCAGGAGACAUCUGUGCCAUUUGCCAGGCAGAGUUCAGGGAACCUCUGAUCCUCCUGUGCCAGCACGUGUUCUGUGAGGAGUGCCUGUGCCUGUGGUUCGACCGGGAGAAGACGUGUCCCCUGUGCCGCUCGGUCACCGUGGACACCCUGCGCUGCUGGAAGGACGGCACCACCUCUGCUCACUUCCAGGUGUACUGACAGCAGGGCUGGGCACAGGAGCAGCUGGAAAAUCCCGGGAUCUCUGCUCAGUUUUGUUGUCUGUUGUUUUGUUGUCCUUCUUCCAGCUCUGAGCCAGCUGAACAAUUGUGACUGGCCAGAAACUUGACCCUGGAAGGCAGGGGAGGUGUGGGUGGUUAUGGUGAACUCCAGGGUGUUUCUGGAGCUUCCAGGGUUACAGAGGGUCUGGGAUGUUUCCUAUUUUCCUGUCCUUUAGUGUGGACAAACACUGAGCAUCCAGGGCAGGGGAGCAGUGAGUGCUGAACAGAGCUGUGCUCUGCUUGAGGAGCUUCACGUUACCUGGCCCUGCAUUCCCUGAAUCUGUGACUUUACAGGAUGACACAGCUCCUCUCCCUGAGAACUCUUCCCAAGCUUCAGAACCUCGUGUCCAAAGCUGCAGUUGGAGAAAUGUGAUUUCCCAGCUGCAGCUUUUCCAACUGAUUCCACAAAUGGCACACGUUGUCACCUUCAGAAAGUCACAGGGAGCUUGGGAAGGACCUGCCAGGGAAGCUGGAAGUGACACUCUCCUUUCCCAUGGAGAGUUUCCCAACAUUCCCUGGAAAUGUUUUUCCUCUGUAAUUUUCAUGAAGAGACUUUCUGAUUUCCCAGUCUCUGGGGAGAGCAGAGGGAGGUUAAAGCUGAGUUGGGUUUGUCUGGAUGGAAAUCCAGCACCUGACCAAGAGCAUCUCACAAACUCAGUGUCCUGUGCUCCUCAGCCAGGACCUGUCUGGCAGGGAAAACCAGAGCCUUGAGCUUCAGCAGGAGAUCCCUGACAGGAAUUAUCAGGAAUUAACCCCAUCCCUGUGGCCAGGGUCUCUGCUGAGGUUCUCCAGCAGCACAAGCCCUCAGAGGGAGCUGCUGUUUGUUCUGGAGCUUUCCCUGUCCCCAAAGCACCUCUGCUCCAUCAGGAACAGCAGCAUCUUCCCAGCUCAUUGCCAUGGAAAUGGCUCAAGGUGACAGCCCCACCUGAGCCAUCAGGGAAGAGGCUCCUGAGGGAGGGAAGCUGUGUCUGUGCUGAUGGAAACUGCACAGGGGAGGAAUGGAAGCAAACGGGAGCUGAUGGGAACAGGAUUAAAGCUCUGCAUUCCUUUGGAAAUAACAGCUCAGUGUGGCUGAGGAGGAAUGGUGAGAGCAGAGCCCGAGCUGGGGAGAGUCCAAACCUCGCCUGGGAGGUCCAGGGAAGCAGAGGAGGAAAAGCUUUACUUUCCAAAACAAAGUGAUGUCAAAUUCUUGUCUAAUGGACCCUGUGGAAGUGGAGAAUUAAGGCAAGGAAUCUAAUUGCUCUCUGCAAUGGGAAUAGCUUCCCUAUCUUUGGGAUGGGAGAGUUCAGAACAGCAGGGAGCAAGGUUUUCAUUGGGCAUAAAAAAUGUUACAUUGGACAGCCUGGAAUAUUCACCAGGAAAAGGGGAAAUCAGUGAUUCCAUGGGCAGGGAGUUUCUGGAAAGCCUCAGUGUCACUGCAGUGCCAGUGAAGCUGAGGCUUGGUGUUUCUGCUUUCAAACUGUUUGAAAAGCUACUUCUCAUUCUGAUUUUUUUACCUUAAAUGCUCCUGGAAAAUGUGUUUGGAGAAGUGUAGGAAAAGCUCAGUAGGAGCCCAGCUCUACAGAAAGUGUGGGAUACACUGCUUCAAAAUUCAGUUUUUAUUUGGCAGUAAGACAGGAAAUCGAAGGGAAAGUGUGGGUUUGCAUUCUUAAAGUUUUGGGGUCUUUUUGGGGAGGAUGGUCCUCCCUUCUCGUGGAAUAUGACUCUUGGACCAGAAAACAUCCAGGGGAAACUUCAGUUCCAAUGAGAGCUGCUGGGAACCUGUUGAUUUCCAUGGGAAAACAGGGAAGGCUGUGGAAGGAAAUUCCUCCGAGAGAGAAAAUAAAAUCCGGAGCCUUUUUUUGCCAUUGAACAGUUAUUUUUCUUUUUUUUUUUAAUAAAUUCCUUAUAAAUAUGUACAAAGAGUCUCAGCAUAUGAAAUUCCUUUUACAAAAGAGAGAAGCCCCAUCCAGCCAGGACCAGGAGCCUCCUGGAGCUCCAGGAACUCGGAGCACAGGCCCUGCCCUUGCUUUGGUGAGGGGGAAACCUGCACAGUGACCCUGCUGGAGUUCCAUCCCAAUGGUAACCAGAAAAACGCCAGGAAUUGGGCAUUCCCUGCCUGUCAUUCCCUUGGCAAUGCCCCUGGGAGACACUGGGGAAUUCGCAGCGGCCUCAGGACUCAGGAGGACGGGAGGGUUUUGUGAUAAACUCUGGUGAAUGGCUGGAAAAGGGAUGCUGGAAAAACCCAGGGAAUUAAAUCCCACUGCAGCUGGGUUUGCUCUGCUUGGUGCCACCUCUGACUACUGAGGGAGUAACUAAUAAAGGUGUGACUAAUUAAUAAUGGUGUAACUUAUAACAGCCAUUUAAUCCUCAGAUGUUUUCAGUUAAUGUUUAUCAAGAUCCAAAGUCACUUUCUGUAAAUAUUAAAAACUUUGGGAAAUUCAAGCACUUCAGUAAUUCCCCCAGAAUGGACACUGAAGUCACAUCAAAAUUUGCUCCUGUACUCAAAUAAAUAUU